UGUUUUAUAAUAUACAUUGCAAAUGACAGAUCCUCUCUUCAUUGAUCCAUAUGCGGGUUGCCUUCUUUCUCUUGACGUCAAUCAUUGUGAUAUGGAGGAAUAUGCAAUUUCAAUAACUGGAUCAUCUCCAAGUUAUUACAGGAUAGCAACAAAGUACAUUGAUGAUAAAUUGCUUAACUUUGUAAGCCGAUCAGAUGAUCUUAGGCAGAUUGUUCUGUUGACAGAUGGUAUGGACACUCGCCCACUUAGGAUGAACUGGCCACGCUCUUCUAUUCUCUAUGAUGUUUCUCCUGAAAGGAUUUUCAAAGUAACAUCUCAAAGGUUCAAAGGUGUGGGAGCAAAAGUUUCACGAGGUUGCCUACUAAUUCAUAUUCCUGUAGAAUCAUCAAAUUUACUCGAGAGUUUCUAUAGAAAUGGAUUUAACGGUGGCCGUUCGAGUAUAUGGGCGCUUCAGGGGCUACCUUUGUCGACUUUGGCCAGCUUGAAUGACUUAUUGCUUGUUAUAAGCAGUUUAGCCAUGAAAGGGAGCAUCUUUCUGGGAGAAUUACCUGCCUGCUUGGAAGGAAACAAGUUUGAAGACAAGACGGCAAAAAAGGAACGGUUGGAAAAACUUUUCAUGACGUAUGGUUUUCGAGUUACUGUGGUCGAUUACGAGGAGGUUGCUAAAGAGAUGCACUUCAGUCUGGAUGCACCGUUAGAAACUUCCAACAGCGUACUUUUCGUAGCAGAACAGUUGCGAUUAUCUGAUGCGCAGAUGGAGAUCUGGAGAACACACUUUGAAAGGAUAGAGGAAGAAGGGGAUGAAGAAGGAUUUGAGGAACUAUAAUAUGAUUGAGUUACCAGUUUCAAGUCCUUCAAAUGCAUUCAUUUGUUGUAUUGGCGCCAAAUUUACAAUCAGUCGCGAUUGAAUUUGAUGUACAUAGAGCGGAUUUGAUGGAGCAACAUUUCGAACCCAAAUAUCCCUUAGCAAUUUUCUGAAA